CCAGUGCCGGGGCCACUAAAUCACUAAACAGAAAGCAUAUUUGGGCCGCAGUGAACGCGGCAAGCCGAAAAAACCAUUGAACAGGGAAGGUAGAGUAGACGCAGAAAACCGCCCGCGAUCACACCCGGCCUCAAGAUCCCCCAGACGCGCGACAACGCUCAGAGCGGCCCGAAAGCGCGCGGCCCGGAGCUGAGGCCCCCUCCCCGGCGACCCGAGGAAGACGGGCGCCCGCGCCCGCCCCGGGAGUCCGUGUGACCCGCAGCCCCGUGAACUGUGACCCGCUCCCGCCCCGCGGCACUCCGGCUCGGCGGGCGGCGCUUUCUCGCGCUCGGGGGUGGGGCGGUCGCAGGCAGUGCGGGCAGCGGCCUGAGGAAGAUGGUGUCCUGCUAGGCGCCCCGGGGCGCUUCCUGAGGAACUCGUGGGCCUCCACCACCAGACGGCCGCUCCAGCCCUCGCCCUGCACAGGUAGGAAGCCGGGACCCCCGAGUUUCCACAUCCGACGACCGAAGCCUGGCUCAGUAUGCUACGGAACUUUUAACAAAUGUUUAAGGGAAGAACGCCGAAAGCGCGAGGCUGACUCUCCGUCUCCUCGCAGCGACCAAAUGAGGUCGCACAGCCGGCGCGUGUUCUGCUCUUUCACCUUCACCCAGUCUUCGUCGUAUACGGGCCUGCCCCUUUAAGAGCGUGACGGACAAUUAUUUCAGCCUAUCGACGUCUUUGUUAGUAUCCAAUCAGAUUUGAACUUCUUUCAGCGGCCUGAGGAGGAGUUCGGAGGAGGUUAUCGCAAGAGGUGUGCUUUUUCUCUCGCGAGAUCGCUGUGAGUCGGCUUCUCGAAGGAAAAAAAAAAAAAAACCAUUCCAGAGCAGAUGGUCCGACUUCCCAAAUAGGAUGUAAAAGGACAGAGUCACGAGCCAAUGAAAGGCAUGAGGAGGUGGGCUCACUGGUUUCAGCGCGCAAGAAGUACCGUUACAGGGCAGACUUUUUGUCCAAUCAACGCCGCCAGACUUUGGGUCAGAUGACCAUAGAGUGGAGAGGGGUGGAGCUACAGCCUGGCGCGAGGAACCGUUAAGAUGGACAACAAAUAUGACCAAUGAGGUGCCCUGACUUGGCGUUUGGCGACCAAUAACAGUGGUUGGGCGGGCGCCUUCCCGGAGCGCGGGGAGAUGUAAAGACAGACAAAUAGUUUUCCCAAUGAGACUGUAGACGAGAGGAGCUGAUAGACCAAUGAGGAGUGCGGGGCGGGAUCCUUUGCCGCGGCGGAGUCCAAAAUGGCGGCGUGCGGUUCCGCUGUGUGAAACGAGCGCGGGGCGGCGGGUUAAUCAGCUCCGCGGAGACGACCUCCGGCGACCCACAACAAUGAAGGGAAAAGAGCGCUCGCCGGUGAAGCCCAAACGCUCCCGUGGUGGUGAGGAGUCGACUUCGCGUGGGGAGCGGAGCAAGAAGUUAGGGGGUUCUGGCGGCAGCAAUGGGAGCAGCAGUGGGAAGACCGAUAGCGGCGGCGGGUCGCGGCGCAGCCUUCAUCUGGACAAGUCCAGCAGCCGAGGAGGCAGCCGUGAAUAUGACACUGGCGGGGGCAGCUCCAGUAGCCGCUUGCAUAGUUACAGCUCCCCGAGCACCAAAAAUUCCUCGGGCGGGGGCGAGUCGCGCAGCAGCUCCCGGGGUGGAGGCGGGGAGUCACGUUCCUCCGGGGCCGCCUCCUCAGCGCCUGACGGCGGGGAGUACAAAACCCUCAAGAUCAGCGAGUUGGGGUCCCAGUUGAGUGACGAGGCGGUGGAGGACGGACUGUUCCACGAGUUUAAACGCUUCGGCGAUGUCAGCGUCAAAAUCAGCCACCUCUCGGGUUCGGGCGGCGACGAGCGCGUUGCUUUUGUGAACUUCCGGCGGGCAGAGGACGCGCGGGCGGCCAAGCAUGCCAGAGGCCGCCUGGUGCUCUAUGACCGGCCGCUGAAGAUAGAGGCGGUGUAUGUGAGCCGGCGUCGCAGCCGCUCGCCGCUAGACAAAGACGCCUAUGGGCUGUCGUCCAGCCUAGCGGGGAUGUCGGUGAGCAGCCACCGGCAUGCCCCGGGCGGUGGCGGCGGCCAGCGGUCCCUUUCCCCGGGGGGCGCGGCUCUGGGCUACCGGGACUACAGGCUGCAGCAGUUGGCACUUGGCCGCCUGCCUCCGCCCCCGCCGCCCCCAUUGCCCCGAGAGCUGGAGAGGGAGCGCGACUACCAGUUCUACGAUCGAGUGCGCCCCACUUACAGCCUGGAGCCCCGGGUGGGCGCCGGAGGCGGCGCGGCACCUUUCCGUGAGGUGGAUGAGAUCUUGCCGGAGGACGACCAGCGAGCUAACCGGACGCUUUUCCUGGGUAACCUCGAUAUCACUGUGACCGAGAGUGACUUACGGCGGGCUUUUGACCGCUUUGGCGUCAUCACUGAGGUAGACAUCAAGCGACCUUCGCGGGGCCAGACGAGCACCUAUGGCUUUCUCAAAUUUGAGAACCUAGACAUGUCGCACCGGGCCAAAUUGGCCAUGUCGGGCAAAAUUAUCAUUCGCAAUCCUAUCAAAAUUGGUUAUGGCAAAGCUACGCCCACCACCCGCCUUUGGGUAGGUGGCCUUGGACCUUGGGUGCCCCUGGCGGCUCUGGCUCGUGAGUUUGACCGCUUUGGUACCAUCCGCACCAUCGACUACCGCAAAGGUGAUAGUUGGGCGUAUAUCCAGUACGAGAGCCUGGAUGCAGCUCAUGCUGCCUGGACCCAUAUGCGGGGCUUCCCCCUGGGGGGCCCUGAUCGUCGCCUUAGAGUAGACUUUGCUGACACAGAACAUCGUUACCAGCAGCAGUAUCUGCAGCCUUUGCCCUUAACUCAUUAUGACCUGGUGACAGAUGCUUUUGGACAUCGGGCACCCGACCCUUUGAGGGGUGCUCGGGAUCGAACACCACCCUUACUGUACAGAGAUCGUGAUAGGGACCUUUAUCCUGACUCUGAUUGGGCCCCACCCCCACCCCCAGUCCGUGAGCGCAGCACGCGGACUACAGCUGCUGCUGUGCCUGCAUAUGAGCCUCUGGAUAGCCUGGAUCGCAGACGGGAUGGCUGGUCCUUGGACCGGGACCGAGGUGACCGAGAUUUGCCCAGCAGCAGAGACCAGCCCAGGAAGAGGAGGCUGGCGGAGGAGAGUGGGGGAAGGCAUUUGGAUCGGUCUCCUGAGAGUGACCGGCCCCGGAAACGCCACUGUGCGCCUUCACCUGACCGCAGCCCAGAACUAAGCAGCAGCCGGGAUCGCUACAACAGUGACAACGAUCGCUCUUCCCGCCUCCUCCUCUUGGAAAGGCCCUCUCCUAUCAGAGACAGAAGGGGUAGUUUGGAGAAGAGCCAGGGUGACAAGCGGGACCGUAAAAACUCUGCAUCAGCUGAACGGGAUAGGAAGCACCGGACAGCUGCUCCUACUGAGGGGAAAAGCCCUCUGAAAAAGGAAGACCGGUCUGAUGGCAGCGCACCCAGCACCAGCACGGCUUCAUCAAAGCUCAAGUCUCCUACCCAGAAACAGGACAGCGGGUCGGCCUCCACCGCUUCCGCCUCGCCAAAACUCUGUUUGGCCUGGCAAGGCAUGCUUCUGUUGAAGAACAGCAACUUCCCGUCCAACAUGCAUCUGUUGCAGGGUGACCUCCAAGUGGCUAGUAGUCUUCUUGUGGAGGGCACCACUGGCGGCAAAGUGGCCCAGCUCAAGAUCACUCAGCGUCUUCGUUUGGACCAGCCCAAGUUGGAUGAAGUAACUCGUCGCAUCAAAGUGGCAGGGCCCAAUGGUUAUGCCAUUCUUCUUGCUGUGCCUGGAAGUUCUGACAGCCGCUCCUCUUCAUCAGCCACAUCAGACACUGCCACCUCUACUCAGAGGCCACUUAGGAACCUUGUGUCCUAUUUAAAGCAAAAGCAGGCAGCUGGGGUGAUCAGCCUUCCUGUGGGGGGCAACAAAGACAAAGAAAACACCGGGGUUCUUCAUGCCUUCCCACCCUGUGAGUUCUCCCAGCAGUUCCUGGAUUCCCCUGCCAAGGCACUGGCCAAAUCUGAAGAAGAUUACCUGGUCAUGAUCAUUGUCCGUGGUUUUUCUUUUUUAACCUUGAGCUUUAAAAAAAAUUCCUCAAAGUUACAAAGUCAAAUUUUGGAAAAGUCAGAAUUUGGAAGAAAAAGCCCACUGACUAGAAAAAUGCAAAACUGGUGAACAGCAGAUGAAGACAUGGAAUUCAAAGCUCUAAUGGACCUUUUUGAAGAGAAGUUAUGGCUCAUGUGGAGUUUACAUGGGCCUCUUGAUGGAAGAAAGCUAAUCUGUUUAGUAUUUGUGCAUUUUACUAAAAUGGCAGCUUAAAGUUGUGUAUCUGCUAUUGUGAUGCCAAUGCCGGUGUUUUAAGUGGAAAAAAAAAUGACCUCUUUGCUUUUGUGCUGUGUACACAAGAUUUCUGGAAAAGUAAAGAAAAACCCUUUUUAUGGCUCACACAGCUUAAAAGUAGCUGUCACUCAAACGUGCGCUCACAGUUGAGCUGCUUUUGUUUUAUUCUAAAUAAAUUGUUUCUUUUGAGGAAAAUGUU